AUGGCGGAAGCGGAAGGAGGAGCGAGUGAGCAAGAUGAUGUUUCAUUCUUGCGAACGGAAGACAUGGUGUGUCUGUCAUGUACAGCCACAGGAGAGAGAGUGUGUCUGGCGGCAGAGGGGUUCGGCAACCGGCACUGCUUCCUCGAAAACAUCGCCGAUAAGAACAUACCACCGGAUCUAUCACAGUGCGUGUUCGUAAUUGAGCAGGCGUUGUCGGUAAGAGCCCUACAAGAAUUGGUCACGGCCGCCGGCUCGGAAACCGGCAAAGAAAACUUAUUAGGUAAAGGCACUGGGUCGGGACACAGAACUUUGUUAUAUGGCAAUGCUAUUCUAUUACGUCAUCUUAACAGCGAUAUGUACUUGGCGUGCCUUUCGACAUCGUCGUCGCAAGAUAAGUUGGCUUUUGAUGUCGGUCUGCAGGAGCAUUCGAAGGGUGAGGCUUGUUGGUGGACUCUUCAUCCUGCAAGUAAACAGAGAUCUGAGGGUGAAAAAGUACGUGUCGGUGAUGACUUGAUUCUCGUGUCUGUGGCCACUGAGAGAUACUUGCACACAACAAAGGAAAACGAAGUAUCUAUUGUGAACGCAUCUUUCCACGUGACCCACUGGUCGGUGCAGCCGUACGGCACGGGUAUAUCGCGUAUGAAGUAUGUGGGUUAUGUGUUCGGUGGAGAUGUCCUUAGAUUCUUUCAUGGGGGCGACGAGUGUCUCACAAUACCUAGUACGUGGAGUAAAGAUGGAGGGCAGAAUAUUGUAGUGUACGAGGGUGGUUCAGUGAUGUCUCAGGCGCGGUCUCUAUGGCGCUUGGAGCUCGCUCGUACGAAGUGGGCCGGCGGUUUCAUAAACUGGUACCAUCCUAUGAGGAUCAGACACAUUACCACCGGCAGAUAUCUGGGUGUGAACGAUCAGAAUGAACUGUAUUUAGUUAGCAGAGAAGAAGCCACAACAGCAUCAUGCGCGUUCUGCCUUCGCCAAGAGAAAGACGACCAGAAGGUAGUAUUGGAGGACAAGGAUUUAGAAGUGAUCGGUGCUCCCAUCAUUAAAUAUGGUGACUCCACAGUUAUUGUGCAACACUCGGAAACUGGGCUUUGGUUGUCGUAUAAGUCAUAUGAAACCAAGAAGAAAGGUGUGGGAAAAGUGGAAGAGAAACAAGCCAUACUACACGAAGAGGGUAAAAUGGACGAUGGUCUAGAUUUUUCUAGAUCUCAGGAAGAAGAAUCUAGAACAGCCAGAGUUAUUAGGAAAUGCUCAUCGUUGUUUACUAAAUUUAUUAAUGGCCUUGAAACUUUGCAAGAGAACCGACGCCAUUCGAUGUUCUUCGCAUCUGUAAAUUUGGGUGAAAUGGUCAUGUGUUUGGAAGAUUUGAUCAAUUACUUUGCACAGCCCGAUGAAGAUAUGGAGCACGAAGAAAAACAAAACAAAUUCAGGGCUCUCAGAAACCGUCAGGACUUGUUCCAAGAAGAAGGAAUCCUAAACCUGAUCCUGGAAGCCAUAGACAAGAUUAACGUGAUCACCUCCCAGGGCUUCCUGGCGGGCUUCUUGGCUGGUGAUGAGUCGGGACAGAGCUGGGAUAUGAUAUCUGUGUACUUAUAUCAAUUACUGGCGGCAAUAAUCAAAGGAAAUCACACAAAUUGUGCACAGUUCGCCAAUUCCAACCGUCUCAACUGGUUGUUCUCAAGACUCGGGUCGCAGGCGUCCGGCGAAGGCACAGGGAUGUUGGACGUACUGCACUGUGUGUUGAUUGAUUCACCUGAAGCUUUGAAUAUGAUGAGGGAUGAACACAUAAAAGUUAUCAUCUCACUGCUAGAGAAGCACGGACGAGACCCCAAAGUCUUAGACGUGUUAUGCUCUCUAUGCGUGGGUAAUGGCGUCGCGGUGCGAUCUUCACAAAACAAUAUUUGCGAUUAUUUAUUGCCCGGGAAGAAUUUGCUAUUGCAGACGCAGUUGGUCGAUCAUGUAUCUAGUGUCCGUCCAAACAUCUUCGUGGGGCGCGUAGAAGGGUCAGCAGUGUACCAGAAGUGGUACUUCGAAGUGACAAUGGACCACAUAGAGAAGACCACUCACAUGAUGCCGCACUUGAGGAUCGGAUGGGCUAAUACUACUGGGUACGUCCCAUAUCCGGGUGGAGGAGAGAAAUGGGGUGGUAAUGGUGUAGGAGAUGAUUUGUAUUCCUUUGGUUUCGAUGGAGCAUUCCUAUGGUCUGGUGGAAGGAAAACUCCCGUUAAUAGGACUCAUGCUGAAGAACCCUUUAUUAGGAAAGGUGAUGUCAUCGGUUGUGCCCUAGACUUAACCAUACCGUUAAUAAAUUUUAUGUUCAAUGGAGUGAGAGUCACCGGUUCCUUUACAAACUUCAACUUGGAAGGCAUGUUCUUCCCUGUCAUCAGUUGUUCUAGUAAAUUAAGUUGUCGUUUCCUUCUCGGCGGUGAGCACGGUCGUCUCAGAUACGCAGCACCUGAAGGGUAUUCCCCAUUAGUAGAAUCACUGCUUCCUCAGCAGAUCCUCAACUUGGAGCCGUGUUUCUACUUCGGCAACUUGAACAAGAGAGCCCUGGCUGGUCCUCCUCUGGUCCAGGAUGAUACGGCGUUUGUGCCCACUCCAGUUGACACUUUGUCUAUAACUUUGCCAAGUUACAUUGAACAAAUUAGGGAUAAACUUGCUGAGAACAUCCAUGAAAUGUGGGCCAUGAAUAAGAUCGAGGCGGGCUGGUGCUACGGCGAGGCGCGCGACGACGCGCGCCGCGUGCACCCCUGCCUCGUGCCCUUCGAGCGGCUGCCGGCGGCCGAGAAGCGCUACGACGUGCAGCUCGCGGUGCAGACGCUCAAAACGAUCCUGGCUCUGGGCUACUACAUCAGUUUAGACAAACCCCCAGCUCGCAUACGUAACGUGCGUCUCCCUAACGAACCUUUUAUGCAAUCAAACGGAUACAAACCAGCCCCAUUGGACCUGAGUGCUGUGACGUUAACUCCAAAAAUGGACGAGCUCGUGGACCACCUAGCUGAAAAUACACACAAUCUGUGGGCUAGAGAAAGGAUACAGCAGGGAUGGACUUAUGGACUUAAUGAGGACUCCGACAUGCACAGAUCUCCACAUUUAGUGCCGUAUCCUAAAGUAGAUGACGCCAUCAAAAAAGCUAACCGCGAUACUGCCUCCGAAACUGUCAGAACUUUGCUUGUAUAUGGCUACAACCUAGACCCGCCCACCGGAGAACAACAUGAAGCGUUAUUGGCGGAGGCGUCGAAACAAAAACAAGCGGACUUCAGAACGUACAGAGCGGAGAAGAACUACGCAGUCAGCUCCGGGAAGUGGUACUUUGAGUUUGAAAUUCUCACCGCGGGACCUAUGAGGGUCGGUUGGGCCCAUGCCGACAUGGCGCCUGGUAUGAUGUUAGGUCAAGAUGAGAACUCUUGGGCGUUCGAUGGCUAUAAUUCUCUAAAAUGGCACGGUGGGACGAGUGACACGUUCGGACAACAGUUGAAAGUUGGAGAUAUUGUUGCUUGCUUCUUAGACGUUCCCGAUCAAACUAUUAGUGAGUCAUGGGAAUACGAAACACUUGAGGAAAAGGUUUACUCCGGUAGUACGGAGUCGUUUGGCAAGCAAUGGGCGGUGGGGGACGUUGUAGGCGUAUUCCUAGAUCUCAUUGACAAAACGAUAAGUUUCUCAUUAAACGGAGAAUUACUAAUGGACGCUUUGGGUGGAGAAACGACAUUCGCCGAUGUACAGGGUGAUAAUUUUGUACCGGCUUGCACUCUUGGAGUCGGACAAAAAGCAAGGCUGUCGUAUGGUCAGGAUGUUAACUCUUUGAAAUAUUUCACAACGUGUGGUCUUCAAGAAGGCUAUGAACCGUUUUGUGUUAAUAUGAAACGUGACGUCACGCAUUGGUAUACAAAGGACCAACCGAUAUUCGAAAACACAGAUGAAAUGGCCGACACUAGGAUAGAUGUUACUAGAAUACCUGCUGGAUCUGAUACUCCCCCAUGUCUAAAGAUUUCCCAUAAUACUUUCGAAACGAUGGAAAAAGCGAACUGGGAAUUCCUUCGUCUCUCCUUGCCCGUCAUAUGUCAAGCUGAGUUUAUUGAUGAACAAGAAAAAGCGCGUCGUUGGGUCGAAAUCAAAGAACGCCAACAGGUACUGAUGAAGGAGGCGACAGAAGCUCAAAUGCCUGCACACAUCGACCAGAUCAUGAGGAGUGGUUUCACUAUAAAUGAUAUUAAAGGUCUGCACUAUGAUGAAAAUCAAGAAGAAAUGCCGCCUACAAAAGCUAAAAAACAACCGCCAAGACCCCCUCGAAAAGGUUCUAUCCCUCGAGGGGUCACGAUACAGAAUUACAGUUUGCAACCAGGUACGGUAAAUGGAAUGCACAGAUCAACAAGUGAAGCGGAAAUGUCGAAAUACGAACUCGGUGUUCAAAACCAACCCGAGGACAAGAAGGCUGAUAAGAGAGGAAGAUCGCCUUUCAAAUUUUUCCGAAGCAAACGUGCGGAGAGUGGUGAUCGUGCAAAAACUCGUAAAUCUAAAACACCGGAUCCUUUAAGUGAUACUGAAGUGUCUCCGGAACGUGGUAUGAGGCGUCCCAAUCCACAAAUUAGAGUUUCACAGACAAAUCUAACAGUCACAACGCCGACCCAAGACCGUAAGCAGAUGACAGCCGGGACGCUGCAAGCGGCCGCUACUGAGACGGUCGGCAAUGAAAUAUUCGAUGCUGAUUGCUUGAAACUCAUCAAUGAGUAUUUCUAUGGUGUUAGGAUUUUCCCUGGUCAAGACCCAACACACGUGUAUAUCGGCUGGGUGACCACACAGUACCAUUUACAUUCUAAGGACUUCAAUCAAAACAAAGUUACCAAAUCUUCAGUUAUUAUAACGGAUGACUACGACCGUGUCAUUGAAAGCGUAAAUCGCCAAUCAUGCUACAUGGUACGAGCAGAUGAGUUAUACAACGAAGUUAUGGCUGAAGCAACAGCCAAAGGCGCAUCACAAGGCAUGUUCAUCGGCUGCUCUGUGGACACCUCCACAGGUACCGUCGCCUUCACUUGCGAAGGGAAAGACAAUAGCAUCAAGUUUAAGAUGGAACCCGAAACAAAGCUGUUCCCGGCGAUAUUUGUAGAAGCAACAUCAAGGGAGAUCCUACAAAUAGAACUAGGGAGGUCUUCAACCAGCUUACCUUUGAGUGCUGCCGUGCUGCCUACUAGUGACAAACACGUCAACCCACAGUUCCCGCCCAGAUUGAAGGUGCAAUGUCUGAAACCACACCAGUGGGCUAGGGUGCCAAACCAAUCGUUACAAGUCCACGCCUUAAAGCUAUCGGACAUUCGAGGUUGGUCCAUGCUUUGCGAAGACGCCGUGUCGAUGCUAGCUCUACACAUACCUGAGGAGGAUCGUUGUAUCGAUAUACUCGAAUUAAUCGAAAUGGACAAACUAUUAAGUUUCCAUUCUCACACACUGACGCUGUACGCGGCGCUUUGUUACCAAAGCAAUUACAGAGCUGCGCAUGCGCUGUGCCAGCACGUGGACCAGAAACAGCUGCUAUACGCGAUCCAGUCGCAGUACAUGUCGGGCCCGCUGCGCCAGGGCUUCUACGAUCUGCUCAUCGCCUUGCAUCUCGAGUCCCAUGCUACUACUAUGGAAGCGUGUAAGAACGAAUUUGUGAUUCCACUAGGACCAGAACUGAAGGCGUUGUAUGAAGGCACGGAAAUGAGACACAGUCUGAGGUCGCUGCAGACGGAGAGUGUGAGACCGCAAAUGAAAAUGACUGAUAUUGCUGAGAGUAUAACAGAGAUCGGCAAUCUCUACUCACCGUACUUCCCAUUGGAAGUGGUGAGAGAGUUCGUAAUGCAAGCCUUAGCAGAAGCUGUGGAGACCAACCAAGUACACAACAGGGACCCUGUGGGAGGCAGUAAUGAAAACUUGUUCUUACCACUAAUUAAGCUGGUCGACCGCCUGCUACUGGUGGGUAUGAUGCGUGAUGAGGACGUAGAGAAGCUCCUCAUCAUGAUCAACCCUGAAACUUGGGAUCCCACUUUUGAUAAAGAAGGUAAAGACGAGCACAGAAAGGGUCUCCUACAUAUGAAAAUGGCCGAAGGUGCCAAACUACAGAUGUGCUAUUUGCUUCAACAUCUUAACGACAUACAGCUAAGACACAGAGUGGAGUUCAUCAUUGCGUUUGCGCACGAUUUUGUUGGUGAUCUACAGACUGAUCAGUUGAGACGUUACACAGAAAUCAAGCAGUCCGACUUGCCGAGUGCAGUCGCCGCAAAGAAGACUAAGGAAUUCCGCUGUCCGCCUCGAGAGCAGAUGAACGCCAUACUCAGUUUCAAACAUUUAGAAGACGAUGACCCAGAAAACUGUCCAUGUGGGGAGGAGCUCGUGGCGACCAUGAAUGAUUUCCAUGAAAGUUUGAUGACGCACGUGUCUCUGCAUGCUUUGCAAGAGCCCGAUGGAGAUGAAUCGACAGAACCUGAAACAAAAUCAGGCGCAAUGGGCAAGCUGUACAAUAUAAUUAACACUGUAAAGGAAUUGGAGGAAGAACCAAAAGCAAUAGAGGAGCCAGUAAGGAAAACACCAGAAGAGAAAUUCCGAAAGGUGCUCAUACAAACAAUUGUGAGUUGGGCGGAAGAAUCCCAGAUUGAAACGCCUAAGCUUGUUAGAGAAAUGUUUAGUCUACUCGUCCGUCAGUACGACGCAGUCGGCGAGUUGAUACGAGCGUUAGAGAAGACGUACGUGAUAAAUGCUAAAACAAAACUCGAUGUAGCAGAAAUGUGGGUCGGAUUAAGUCAGAUCAGAGCAUUGCUACCUGUGCAGAUGAGCCAAGAAGAAGAGGAACUGAUGAGAAAGCGGUUAUGGAAACUUGUGAAUAACCACACGUUCUUCCAGCACCCAGAUUUAAUAAGAGUGCUCCGCGUGCACGAGAACGUGAUGGCGGUGAUGAUGAACACGCUGGGGCGGCGCGCGCAGGCGCAGUCCGACGCGCCCGCCGCCGCGCCGCCCAGCGCUGAGGACAAGGAGAAGGACACUUCACACGAAAUGGUAGUUGCGUGCUGCCGUUUCCUCUGCUACUUCUGCAGGACCGGUCGUCAGAACCAGAAGGCUAUGUUCGAUCACUUCGACUUCUUAUUAGAGAACUCCAACAUCCUUCUAUCGAGACCUUCUCUCAGAGGAUCUACUCCUUUGGAUGUAGCUUAUUCGAGUUUGAUGGAGAAUACUGAACUUGCUUUGGCUUUGAGGGAACACUAUUUAGAGAAGAUAGCUGUGUACCUCUCACGUUGCGGAUUGCAAAGCAACUCUGAAUUAAUCGAGAAAGGAUAUCCAGACCUUGGUUGGGAUCCGGUGGAAGGUGAAAGAUAUCUGGACUUCUUAAGAUUUUGUGUUUGGGUGAACGGUGAAAGUGUAGAAGAAAACGCGAAUUUAGUAAUUCGUCUCCUAAUCCGUAGACCAGAGUGUCUUGGGCCAGCGCUGCGUGGGGAGGGUGAGGGCUUACUCAAGGCGAUAGUGGACGCUAAUAAGAUGAGUGAAAGGAUCGCUGAUAGAAGGAAGCUGAGAGAGAUGGAACAAGAAGGAGAUAUUAAUUUCAGCCACCCGCUGCCACAGUCAGACGAGGACGAGGACUACAUCGACACGGGCGCCGCCAUCCUCAACUUCUACUGCACGCUCGUGGACCUGCUGGGCCGCUGCGCGCCCGACGCCGCCGUCAUCGCUCUCGGAAAGAACGAAUCUCUAAGAGCAAGAGCCAUUCUUCGUUCUUUAGUCCCAUUAGAAGAUUUGCAGGGCGUGCUCAGUCUACGCUUCACCCUUAAUAACCCUGCCGCGGGCGAAGAAAGACCCAAGUCUGAUAUGCCGUCGGGCCUCAUCCCUGGGCACAAGCAAAGCGUGGGCCUGUUUCUAGAACGCGUAUAUGGCAUUGAAACCCAAGAGUUAUUCUACCGACUGCUCGAAGAGGCUUUCUUACCUGAUUUGAGAGCUGCUACUAUGUUGGAUAGGAACGACGGCUGUGAAUCGGACAUGGCUCUGUCAAUGAACAGAUACAUCGGCAACUCCAUCUUACCGCUUCUCAUCAAACAUGCUAACUUUUACAAUGAAGCCGAAAACUACGCUAGUUUGUUGGAUGCCACAUUACACACGGUGUAUAGGUUGUCCAAAAACCGUAUGCUAACAAAAGGCCAGCGUGAAGCUGUAUCGGACUUCCUCGUGGCGCUCACGGCCGCCAUGCAACCCUCUAUGUUGCUGAAGCUGUUGAGGAAACUCACCGUGGAUGUGUCGAGGCUCUCUGAAUACACCACUGUUGCGCUUAGGCUCCUGACAUUACACUACGAGAGAUGCGCAAAGUACUACGGCAGUACCGGCGGGCAAGGCAUCUACGGAGCGUCGUCAGAUGAAGAGAAACGUCUGACAAUGAUGCUGUUCUCUAACAUCUUUGACUCGUUGAGCAAAAUGGACUACGAGCCGGAGUUGUUUGGGAAGGCGUUACCUUGUUUGAUUGCUAUUGGUUGUGCUCUACCACCAGACUAUUCUUUGAUAAAGAAUUACGAUGAUGAGUUCUAUGGAAAAGAAACUCAAACUACAGUUGCAGACAACCCGCAGUACGACCCGCAACCCAUCAACACGUCGUCCGUCGCCCUCAACAACGACCUCAACACCAUAGUGCAGAAGUUCAGCGAACAUUACCACGAUGCUUGGGCUUCUAGGAAAAUCGAGAACGGAUGGGUGUACGGUGAAUCAUGGUCCGACAGCCAGAAGACUCAUCCUCGACUCAAACCAUACAACAUGCUUAACGAUUACGAAAAAGAACGCUACAAAGAACCAGUAAGAGAGUCCUUAAAAGCCCUACUGGCAAUAGGAUGGUCGGUAGAGCAUUCCGAAGUGGACAUACCCAGCACUAACCGCAGCUCUAUGAGAAGACAAUCAAAAUCUGGCAUUACGGAUUCGGCAACCCCCUUCAACUACAACCCUCACCCAGUGGACAUGACCAAUCUCACUUUGUCACGUGAAAUGCAAAAUAUGGCGGAGAGAUUAGCAGAGAACGCGCACGAUAUUUGGGCUAAGAAGAAGAAAGAGGAGCUGGUUACUAAUGGAGGCGGAAUUCACCCACAACUUGUCCCAUAUGAUCUUUUAACCGACAAAGAGAAAAAGAAAGAUCGGGAACGUUCUCAAGAGUUCCUGAAAUAUCUUCAAUAUCAAGGCUAUAAAUUGCAUCGUCCUAAAACAGCCCAAAGCGAUACAGAACAGACAGCAACGGGUGUCGCCAUAGAGCUUAGAUUUGCUUACUCUUUGUUAGAAAAGCUCAUACAAUAUAUAGACAGAGCAACAAUCAAUAUGAAGUUACUAAAACCAUCCACUACUUUCAGUAGACGAACUAGUUUCAAAACUAGCACAAGAGAUAUUAAAUUCUUUUCUAAGGUGGUUCUUCCCCUGAUGGAGAAGUAUUUCUCCACGCACCGUAACUACUUUAUCGCGGUCGCGACCGCCACCAACAAUGUAGGCGCGGCCAGUUUAAAGGAGAAGGAAAUGGUCGCAGCUUUGUUCUGCAAAUUGGCCAGUCUGUUGAGAUCCAGGCUAGCAGCAUUCGGUCCAGAUGUACGUAUAACAGUGAGAUGUCUCCAAGUGCUAGUGAAAGGUAUCGACGCCAAAUCCCUAGUAAAGAACUGCCCCGAGUUUAUAAGAACAUCGAUGUUAACCUUCUUCAAUAAUGUGGCUGAUGAUUUGGGGCAUACUAUCAUGAAUUUGCAAGAUGGUAAAUAUGCACAUCUGCGAGGCACUCAUCUCAAAACGUCCACAUCACUCGGCUACAUAAAUGGAGUCCUGCUCCCAAUACUCACGGCCAUGUUCGACCAUUUAGCAAACUGCGAGUAUGGCGCGGAUUUGUUGUUGGACGAAAUCCAAGUGGCAUCAUACAAGAUGUUAGGCUCUCUAUACACAUUGGGAACAGACGUCGGCCUCACGCACGACAGGAAGUAUUUGAAGACUGAAAUAGAACGUCAUAAGCCAGCAUUGGGUUCAUGUUUGGGAGCCUUCAGCUCUACAUUCCCAGUUGCUUUCUUAGAACCACAUCUCAACAAACAUAAUCAGUUUUCUCUUCUGAACCGAAUUGCUGACCACUCGCUCGAAGCGCAAGACAUAAUGGCCAAAAUGGAGCAAUCAAUGCCCACACUAGAGACGAUACUAAACGAAGUUGAUCACUUCGUAGAGUCAGAUAAAACGUACAAUGAAGCACCGCAUAUAAUAGAUGUAGUGUUACCACUGUUAUGUUCCUAUCUGCCGUUUUGGUGGGCCCAGGGACCUGAUAACGUCACGCCGACUGCUGGAAACCACGUAACAAUGGUGACAGCAGAGCAUAUGAACCAAUUGCUCAAAAACGUCCUGAAACUCAUCAAGAAGAACAUAGGCAAUGAAAGUGCGCCGUGGAUGACACGUAUAGCGACAUACACACAACAAAUUAUCAUCAAUAGUUCAGAGGAAUUGCUAAGAGAGUCCUUCUUACCAUUGGCAGAGAGAGUGAGAAAGAGAACUGAUAAUAUGUUCCAUAAGGAAGAGAGUUUGAGAGGUUUUAUUAAGUCAUCAACGGAUGACACGUCACAAGUAGAGUCUCAAAUUCAAGAGGAUUGGCAACUACUAGUUCGCGAUAUUUACUCCUUCUACCCACUGCUGAUAAAGUACGUCGACUUGCAAAGGAACCAUUGGUUGAGGAAUAAUGUUCCGGAGGCGGAAGAAUUAUACAAUCACGUAGCAGAAAUAUUCAACAUUUGGUCCAAGAGUCAGUACUUCCUAAAGGAAGAACAAAACUUUAUAUCGGCCAAUGAAAUCGACAACAUGGUAUUGAUAAUGCCUACUGCGACUCGAAGAGUCACCACCAUAGUCGAUGGGACGCCUCAGGGUGGCGGGAAGAAAAAGAAGAAACACCGUGAUAAGAAGCGUGAUAAAGAUAAGGAAGUACAAGCGUCGUUAAUGGUCGCUUGUCUGAAGAGACUGCUGCCGGUCGGACUGAAUCUCUUCGCGGGGAGAGAGCAAGAGUUGGUCCAGCAUUGUAAGGACCGGUUUUUAAAGAAAAUGUCAGAACAAGAUGUAGCCGAAUUUGCCAAAACUCAGCUAACAUUGCCAGAUAAAAUCGAUCCGGCGGAUGAAAUGUCCUGGCAACACUACUUAUACAGUAAAUUGGGGUCCAAAAGCAAAACGACGAUAACCGUCGAAACAUCAGAAAAUAAAGCAAAGAUCAUCGAUGAUACGGUGGAGAGGAUUGUAGCAAUGAGCAAAGUAUUAUUCGGUUUGCAUAUGAUCGACCAUCCCCAACAAAUGAGUAAAAACGUUUACCGAUCGGUAGUGUCCAUACAACGUAAGCGCGCCGUCAUCGCCUGUUUCAGACAGACGUCACUACAUUCAUUGCCAAGACAUCGUGCGUGCAAUAUAUUUGCGCGGACUUACUAUGAGCUAUGGUUAGAGGAAGAAAAUGUGGGACAAGAAGUUAUGAUUGAAGAUUUAACGCAAUCCUUCGAAGAUGCAGAAUUAAAGAAAAGUGAUGUCGUGGAAGAAGAAGGCAAGCCGGACCCUCUCACACAACUUGUCACUACGUUCUGUCGUGGCGCCAUGACUGAAAGAUCUGGAGCUUUGCAGGAGGAUCCUCUAUACAUGUCGUACGCAGAUAUAAUAGCAAGAUCGUGUGGUGAAGAAGAAGAAGAAGGCGGUGAAGAAGAAGAAGGUGGUGGUGGGGAAGCAGAAGCGGGGGGAGAAGAGGAAGGCCGUGCUAGUAUACAUGAACAAGAAAUGGAAAAACAAAAGCUAUUAUUCCACCAAGCUCGCCUCGCCAAUAGAGGGGUCGCGGAGAUGGUACUUCUCCAUAUAUCGGCGUCUAAAGGAGUGCCCAGCGAUAUGGUCAUGAAAACGUUGCAGUUGGGAAUAUCUAUACUUAGAGGAGGCAAUAUUGAUAUACAGAUGGGUAUGCUUAACCAUCUUAAGGACAAGAAAGAUGUCGGCUUCUUCACAUCGAUUGCUGGCUUAAUGAACUCCUGUUCAGUGCUCGAUUUGGACGCCUUUGAGAGGAACACGAAAGCUGAAGGUCUGGGAGUGGGCUUAGAAGGUGCGGCCGGAGAGAAGAACAUGCACGAUGCCGAGUUCACUUGCGCGUUGUUCCGUUUCAUACAACUAACCUGUGAAGGACAUAAUUUGGAAUGGCAAAACUAUCUCCGUACACAAGCCGGUAACACGACGACCGUCAACGUUGUCAUCUGCACCGUCGACUAUCUGCUGCGUUUGCAGGAGUCCAUCAUGGACUUCUAUUGGCAUUACUCCAGUAAGGAAUUAAUAGACCCGGCAGGUAAAGCAAAUUUCUUCAAAGCGAUAGGAGUCGCGUCGCAAGUGUUUAACACUCUCACUGAAGUCAUUCAGGGACCUUGUACGCAGAACCAACAGGCAUUAGCACAUUCCAGGUUGUGGGACGCAGUUGGAGGUUUUCUCUUCCUGUUCUCUCACAUGCAGGACAAGCUGUCGAAGCACUCCUCCCAAGUGGACCUUUUGAAGGAAUUACUCAAUCUGCAAAAGGACAUGAUCACUAUGAUGCUGUCUAUGCUUGAAGGGAAUGUCGUUAAUGGCACAAUCGGUAAACAGAUGGUCGAUACACUCGUAGAAUCUGCGUCUAACGUAGAAUUGAUCUUAAAGUAUUUCGACAUGUUCUUAAAAUUGAAAGAUCUCACUUCAAGUGCUAGUUUCAAAGAGAUUGACGCAAACAGCGAUGGAUGGGUGUUGCCUAAAGACUUUAAAGAGAAAAUGGAACAACAGAAGAGUUAUACGCCGGAAGAAAUAGAAUUCCUCCUAGCUUGCUGUGAAACCAAUCACGACGGCAAGCUGGACUAUGUGGGUUUCUGCGACAGAUUCCACGAACCCGCCAAAGAAAUCGGGUUUAAUUUGGCGGUUUUGCUCACAAACUUGUCUGAGCACAUGCCGAAUGAACCUAGAUUAGCACGCUUUUUGGAGACUGCUGGUUCAGUGUUGAACUACUUCGAGCCUUUCCUUGGUCGUAUUGAGAUCAUGGGUGGCUCGAAACGUAUAGAACGAGUUUACUUCGAAAUAAAGGAGUCCAACAUUGAACAAUGGGAGAAGCCGCAAAUUAAGGAAUCGAAACGCGCGUUCUUCUACAGCAUAGUAACGGAAGGUGGUGAUAAGGAAAAACUUGAGGCUUUCGUCAAUUUCUGUGAAGACGCCAUAUUUGAAAUGACGCAUGCGUCUGGUUUGAUGGCCGCCUCUGAAGAAAUAGCCGGAGGGCCGAAAAAUAGAGAGGCUUAUCAUAUAUACAUGGGAGAUGAUGAAGAGGAACGAGCUGGUAAAGACCCAUUCCGUAGAGGUUUCCAAUCAGUGAAGGAUGGCAUUUCCACAGCAUUCUCGUCUCUAUCGCCCUCCAAUAUAAAGGCUAAAAUCGCAGAUAUGCAACAAAUGCCGCCCGCUGAACUAUUUAUUGGCUUUUUCAAACUGUUCUUCUAUUUCUUCUAUUAUAUCGGAUAUGGUUUUGUUGUUGUUAUUAGGUACAUAUUUGGCGUCCUGCUUGGCCUCAUGCGAGGCCCGCAGUCGGACGCGCCGCCGCCCGAGCCCACGGAGGAAGAGAAAAUCGGCCCCGUACGACAUUUGCCGGCGUUACCGGCGGCCGACGAUACGGGGCAGAUGCAAGUGUCGGCUUUCGGUUUGGAUAUCACUAAAGAAGAUAAUGGCCAGAUACAAGUGAAACCUCACGAGUCACCCAGCACGUCCACGCCGUCGUCAGGGGAAGAGGCAGAGGUGUCUCCCGACGAGAGUGUGGAACAUUCUGAGGAGCAACAACCGCCGUCUCUUAUCGAUCUUUUGGGCGGAGAACAAGCAAAGAAACAAGCACAAGAGCGUAUGGAGGCGCAAGCUGUUCAACAAGCUGCCAUGUCGGCCAUCGAGGCAGAGAGCAAAAAGCAAGCGGUGUCGGGCCCGACGCCGUCCGCGCUGUCGCAGGUGGACCUGUCGGUGUACACGCGCCGCGCCGUCUCCUUCCUCGCCAGGAACUUCUACAACCUGAAGUACGUCGCGUUGGUGCUCGCAUUCUGUAUCAACUUCGUUCUGCUCUUUUAUAAGGUAUCAACAUUGGAAGUGGAACGUACUGAAGGUUCAGGAGUUGGAGGAGCAGGAGACAUCAUUAGCGGAUCUGGCUCAGGGCAAGGCUCUGGAAGUGGAGAUGGUGGUAGUGGCGAAAGCGAUGAAGAAGACCCCUUAGAAGUGGUACUAAUAGACGAGGACUUUUUCUAUAUGGAGCAUGUUAUCAAAAUAGCGGCCGCUUUGCAUUCUGUCGCCUCUCUCGCUAUACUCAUCGGUUAUUAUCAUCUAAAGGUACCGCUAGCCAUAUUUAAAAGGGAAAAAGAAAUAGCGCGUAGGCUAGAGUUCGACGGUCUGUACAUCGCGGAGCAGCCCGAAGAUGACGACUUGAAGAGUCACUGGGACAAACUGGUCAUAUCUGCUAAAUCGUUCCCCGUGAACUAUUGGGAUAAAUUCAUAAAGAAAAAAGUCAGAGCUAAAUAUUCAGAAACAUACGACUUCGACUCAAUAUCUAAUAUGCUGGGAAUGGAGAAGACAUCUUUCUCCGCACAAGAAGAAGAAGGAAGCAAAGGUUUCUUCCAUUAUAUAAUAAAUAUCGACUGGCGCUACCAAGUGUGGAAGGCGGGGGUGACGAUCACGGACAACUCCUUCCUCUACUCCCUCUGGUAUUUCUCUUUCUCCGUGAUGGGCAACUUCAACAACUUCUUCUUCGCUGCACAUUUACUAGAUGUGGCCGUCGGUUUUAAAACGCUCAGAACUAUUUUGCAGUCUGUAACUCAUAAUGGGAAACAGUUGGUCCUGACAGUGAUGCUGCUGACGAUCAUAGUGUACAUAUACACGGUCAUCGCAUUCAAUUUCUUCCGCAAGUUCUACGUGCAGGAGGAAGACGAUGAAAUCAACAGGAAUUGUCACGAUAUGCUUACUUGCUUCGUGUUCAAUCUAUACAAGGGCGUGCGCGCCGGCGGCGGCAUCGGCGACGAGCUGGAGCCUCCCGACGGGGACGACUCUGAAGUCUACCGCAUUAUCUUCGAUAUAUCCUUCUUCUUCUUCGUCAUUGUUAUCCUGCUCGCCAUCCUGCAGGGUUUGAUCAUCGAUGCCUUCGGAGAGCUGCGUGACCAGCUCGAGUCGGUGAAGGAGGACAUGGAGUCCAACUGCUUCAUAUGUGGCAUCAACAAGGAUUACUUUGAUAAGGUGCCGCACGGGUUCGACACGCACGUACAGCGCGAGCACAACCUCGCCAACUACAUGUUCUUCCUCAUGCACCUCAUCAACAAACCCGACACCGAGUACACUGGUCAAGAAACGUUUGUAUGGAACAUGUAUACACAAAGAUGUUGGGAUUUCUUCCCCGUGGGUGACUGCUUCAGAAAGCAAUACGAGGAUGUUAUGGGAGAA